UAAACUGAUCGAGCCAUCUAACCUUCUUGGGAACCACGUUUGCUUGCACAUACAGAGCAACCCCAACUCCGUCUCUCUCAACCCUUUUCUUUAUUUCCUUUUCAGCUUUUUGAACUCUCGUCUUUAUAAAUCCUUGAAGGAUACCCACAUCCUAUUCAUCAUCUGUCGUGAUCAAAAUGCGCCGAAGAUUAGUUACCAGAAUUUUUUUUUCUACAGUCCAUGAAGCUCAAAUACCUCUUAUUGCCUACCCUCUUAUGUUUUUUCUAGUUCUUUUACUCGUAGCCAUGGCGAUUCAGCUAUUUGAUCUCGGGUUCGACUGGGUUUCCGAGUUAUUGAGCUCAAUUCGAUUGGAUGGUCUGGUUUUGGCCAUCUUACUCUUCUCUUGGGCAUCUAUUGGGUGAAACGGCCCAGCCAGAGUUCCCUACUACUACUAGACUUCGCUUGCUAUGAGCGGAAGGUGUCGGUUGGGUCAUCCUUGACAACACCACAUUGAAGGAGUGUCUGUCGCUGUCACACUACAAUGAAGUUAGCAGGCGUUAAGAAAAAUACACGCAUCACGUUCACACCAAACGAUGAAGUGAGCUUCAAUCUGCUAAGAAUUAACAAACAACGCUAGGCACUUCCCAGUUUUCUGUCACCUGUCCUCGACACAAGUGUUUCCCCUCUAACCUCUUACAAAGGCAUCGUAAUUUUGCCAAGAGUCAGGAUUGAUUGUUAGUGUUAGGUAACAAGUCCCUUCAGGCUGAUGGUCGAGAUUGUUUGGUUCAAGUUCAUUCUGCACUCUGCAGUGCAGAAUAUUCGAUGAGGACCACUUGUUUGUCAAUCUCAAUGAACAAAGAGAUUCUGGAAUCCCACAAUAGCCAUGAAUCUCCACAGCCAUCAAUCCUUUGGAAAGGGCUGCUUGAAGAGGGAUAAACAUGCCUACAACUGAUGGAAGCAAAACUCUAGUCACACUUCAGGGGAAGAAAACUGCAAUCAUAGUAUGCUGGCUUCUUGGAAAUGGGUCCCUCCUUGCAUGGAACAGUAUGUUGACGAUAGAAGAUUACUAUGAAUACUUGUUUCCGCACUACCACCCUGUGAGGGUGCUUACCCUCAUUUAUCAACCAUUUGCACUUGGAACUGUUGCAAUAUUAGCAUAUAAUGAGGCAAAGAUUAAUACAAGAAGACGCAACUUAACUGGAUAUACCCUUUUCUUCAUUAGUUCUCUGUUGGUAUUAAUUUUAGAUUUAGCUACAUCUGGAAAAGGGGGGAUUGGGACUUUUAUUGGCAUAUGUUCCAUCAGCUGUUCCUUUGGAGUUGCAGAUGCCUUUGUUCAGGGUGGAAUGGUUGGAGACCUCUCCUUCAUGUGUCCUGAAUUCAUUCAAUCUUUCUUGGCUGGUUUGGCUGCAUCAGGGGCUCUAUCCUCAGGUUUGAGGCUAAUUACAAAAGCUAUCUUCAAUAAUUCCAAGGAUGGUUUUCGGAAGGGUGCAAUGCUAUUCUUUGGUAUCUCAGCAUUUUCUGAGCUGUUAUGUGUUCUUCUUUAUGCAUUCAUCUUCCCCAAACUGACAAUUGUGAAGUAUUAUCGUUCAAAGGCAGCCUCAGAAGGAUCCAAAACUGUUGCAGCCGAUCUUGCUGCUGGGGGUAUCCACACACAACCAAGUUUGGAUGAAGAAGAUCCCAAACAACUAGAGCGUCUUAGCAAUAAACAGUUAUUUUUUCAGAACAUUGACUAUGCAGUUGACAUAUUUUUGAUAUAUGUUCUAACAUUAUCAAUUUUCCCUGGCUUCAUAUCUGAGGAUACUGGAUCACACAAUUUGGGUUCAUGGUAUAUACUUGUUCUAAUUGCAUCCUACAAUGUGUGGGAUCUGAUUGCAAGAUACAUCCCCCUAAUAAAAUGCCUGACCUUAACAUCACGAAAGGGCCUAAUGAAUGCAACUCUAUCUCGUUUCUUAUUCAUCCCUGCUUUCUACUUCACGGCUAAGUAUGGAGACCAAGGCUGGAUGAUCAUGCUCACGUCACUCUUGGGAUUGACCAAUGGUUACCUCACCGUCUGUGUCCUUACUGCAGCACCAAAAGGUUACAAGGGACCAGAACAAAACGCCUUGGGGAACUUGCUUGUAUUGUGUCUACUGGGAGGUUUGUUUGCAGGGGUAACGCUUGAUUGGUUAUGGCGAAUAGGAAAACCAUGGUGAACUUAACCUUGCCUUACAGUACUAUAUAAAGUCUUUCUUGCUCGUAAUUGUCAUGAAAGCAUUUACCUUUAUUUUCACUUUAUUAAAUGGUUCAAGAUUGGUGCUGAGUGCUGAGACAAUUGGAAUCAUCCCGUGGAGUUGGGAAUUAAAUGGUCGACUGUUCCUCCUAUUAUACUGUUUGCUUUGUAUUCUCUGGAGACAGGGAUGGUCCAGUUUCCUAUGGUGCCUGAGUAAAUUUUAAGUAAAAUUAGUGGAACAGUGUAUAACUUGUCAAUCACAAAAAGAAAAGGUCAUUCUGUUUAUUUUUCUUUGAAUUGCUAAGUGGUUUUGACAUGUAAUCUGCUAUUACCAUUUCUCAUACAGCUGACCUGAUCAGUUGAUUACAUUAACAGGUAUGAAACAAAGAGUUUAUGUGGGCUGGCCAUGGAGCCAGAUUGCAUGUUUGAAAGGAA